CUCGUGGGACAAGAUGGCUGCGCCCGCGCUAGGGCCGGCUCGAGGACGAGGCGCCGGGCUCGGUCUCGGUCUCUCUUUGCCUCUGCUCUUGCUGCUGGGCCGGGCGGCGGGGGGCGAAGAGGCCGGGGCCGAGGCGGGCGCGGCGUCCCUCGCGGGCUCGUGCGGUUGUGGCACUCCCCAGCGGCCCGGGGCCCAUGGCAGCUCGGCGGCCGCGCACCGAUACUCGCGGGAGGCGAACGCCCCGGGCUCGGUAUCCGGAGAGCGGCCAUUCCCGCCCACCAAGAUGGUCCCCAUCCCUGCCGGAGUAUUUACAAUGGGCACAGACGAUCCUCAGAUAAAGCAGGAUGGGGAAGCACCUGCGAGGAGAGUUGCUCUUGAUGCCUUUUACAUGGAUGCCUAUGAAGUCAGUAAUGCUGAAUUUGAGAAGUUUGUGAACUCAACUGGCUAUUUGACCGAGGCUGAGAAGUUUGGUGACUCCUUUGUCUUUGAAGGCAUGUUGAGUGAGCAAGUGAAGUCUGAUAUCCAACAGGCAGUGGCAGCUGCUCCCUGGUGGUUACCUGUUAAAGGCGCUAACUGGAGACACCCAGAAGGGCCCGACUCUACUGUCCUGCACAGGCCAGAUCACCCGGUUCUUCACGUCUCCUGGAACGACGCCGUCGCCUACUGCACAUGGGCGGGGAAACGGUUGCCCACGGAAGCCGAGUGGGAGUACAGCUGUCGAGGAGGCCUGCAAAAUAGACUCUUCCCCUGGGGCAACAAACUGCAGCCGAAGGGCCAACAUUAUGCCAACAUUUGGCAGGGCGAGUUUCCUGUGACCAACACCGGAGAGGACGGCUUUCGAGGGACUGCGCCUGUUGAUGCCUUUCCUCCCAAUGGUUACGGCUUAUACAAUAUAGUAGGGAAUGCCUGGGAGUGGACUUCAGACUGGUGGACCAUUCACCAUUCUGUUGAAGAAACCAUUAUUAACCCAAAAGGCCCCCCUUCUGGGAAAGACCGGGUGAAGAAAGGUGGAUCCUACAUGUGCCAUAAGCCUUUCCUACUCUUGAUGUUCCUGGGCUUGCUGUUCAAUCUUUGCCAACCUGCUGGAUGUCCUACUGCUACAGGUAUCGCUGUGCCGCUCGAAGCCAGAACACACCUGACAGCUCCGCUUCGAAUCUGGGAUUCCGCUGUGCAGCCGACCACCUGCCCACCACAGGCUAAGAGCCACGAAGAGCCUUCCCGAAUCGGAGAAGAAGUCGUGUCUAACCUGCACACGGCUUCCCUCAGAAGGCUGAACAAUGUCGUGUGAAGAAUUCCCACCCCGAGGUGGCUUACAUACCUGCCCGAUGGCCAAAGGAACUGUAUGGCGAGACCAAAUAACUGACCUGCAUCAGCAAGUGUGCUUUAUUGUGUGGUGUAUUUCAUGUUUUACCUUUGAGAGUCUUUUAAAGAGGAAGGCGGUGGAGGGCACCCUGAGCUAGGCCUCAGGAGGUCUGCGUUCUACCCAGGCUCUGCCCCUGGGGUUAGACCCCAGGGUCCCACACUUGACCUUCCUGGGCCUCAGUGACCUCAUCUGUCCAGUGAGGGGAUGCACAACAUGAUCUCUGAGGCUGUCUCCCAACUCACAAAUUGUCUGAAUAUAUCAGAUUCUAUUGUGAUUUCAUAGUGAGAGUUUAUGGCAGGUUAUUUUUUAGCUGUUUUUUCCCAUGUGUGAACCUUGGGUAAUACUAAUCAUGUAAAAUAAUUGUUCUCUUAUAUAUUAUUUUCAGAAAAGAAUGGGGGGGGUGGCGGUAAUGGGUCUUUAUAUUCAUACGGCACUUUGUUUUUUCAAGGAAAUCAGUGUCUUUUACAUUGUUAUAAUGAAUCCCACUUGGGCCAGUGAUGGUGCGCUCAAGUUCAGCAAUCUGAACACGCAGGGAUGUCUGUGAGGUGACUUUACUGUGCUUUAUAUUUUAACAUUAAGUGCCUUUGGUUCAGGGGGGCAGUUACAAGCCCUAUUUCCCCCUCUCCCCAAAGCCUUUGGUGAAUGUGAAAUGUUUGCUACAUGGAGAAACCUGUUUAAUUCUAAAUGUAGGAGAAAAAAAACAAGAACCUUGAAUGAACUGUAUUCAGGGUAUCCAGUAUUUUGUAAUAGGGAAGUAGGAAAUCUUGUUGGCUGUGGAGUGUCAGAUGCUUCAGAUCAUGCACUGUGUCGAAUAAAGUGGUAUCUGCUAAA